AUGAAUAGUCGUACACAGCGCAAGCGUACAAUGGAGCCAGAUGGAUAUACCUUGGGGUCCACGCCACGAAAGCACAUGGCGAUAGAAGCAGACGACGACGAUGACAGCGGCGAGGAGCCGUUCGACUUUGACCGAGACUACCAGCCACCUGCGGGGGAGGUGUUGAUGGUCCCUUUUGCGGUCCCUUGUAGCAGAUGCCAAUUGACUCCUGGGAAGGUGGAAUGUAUGCGUGAGGUCUCCACGGAGGAGACAUUGUCGAAGCACACGAGUUGCUCGCUGUGCGAACAGCGGGGGUCGCAUUGCUUCUGGGGCACCCUUAAGCUUUGUGGAAAUCUGGAAAAGGCACAAAUGCAAUCAGAGAAAUUGCUUGAUCCCAUGGGUCUGCUGAAGGAGGAUACCAACCAAGAACGCGAACAAGCGAUCCAGCGCCACAUGAAAGUAUCUGCAGACCUCGCAUCUACGGACAAAAUGCUCUCCGAGGCAAUUUCAAAGUUGAUUUAG